AUGUCUGCUCGCUGGACACAUGCCACCGCCCGCUCCAGACAUCUUUACAACGUGAUCUGUCUGCUACAUCCGGACCAAAACAAGCCCAAGUCCGGAGCCAAACCCUCCGGGACCGAAACCCACAGCGGUCAGACGGCAAGAGCCACGAAUCAAGAGCCACGAACCAAGAGCCACGAGCCAAGAACCAAGAACCAAGAGCCACGAGCCAAGAACCAAGAACCAAGAGCCACGAGCCAAGAGCCAAGAGCCAAGAACCAAGAACCAAGAGCCACGAGCCAAGAGCCAAGAACCAAGAACCAAGAACCAAGAGCCACGAGCCAAGAGCCAAGAACCAAGAGCCAAGAGCCAAGAACCAAGAGCCAAGAACCAAGAGCCAAGAACCACGAACCAAGAGCCAAGAACCACGAACCAAGAACCAAGAGCCACGAGCCAAGAGCCAAGAACCAAGAGCCAAGAGCCAAGAGCCAAGAACCAAGAGCCAAGAGCCACGAGCCAAGAACCAAGAGCCAAGAACCACGAACCAAGAGCCAAGAGCCACGAACCAAGAGCCAAGAACCAAGAGCCAAGAACCACGAACCAAGAGCCAUACAUCAGCCUCAGCAGUCUCGACACAGCGUUAAAGAUGCCAAAGCGCCGCUGCGUUUUGGAGAAGCCCUGCUCUUUUAUUGGGGUCAUACCGCUCCCCGUCGCAAACCGGAUCCUGGCGAAAUGUGCGACGUCGCGGUGGCGCAAUGCAUUUCAAAGAGCCACUGUGCCUACAAUGAAAACAGUCUCAGGCAGGCUGGAGAAUGA